CUAACCUUGAAAAAUCCACAUAUGGGCACAGAAUUCUGUGAAAAUCAGUAUGGAAAUGCCAUCAGAUUCAAUCAAGCACAUAGACAAAGUAUGAUAUUUCCUACUGGGGAAAGGCCAAAACCGUGUGAUGUGUUUGGGAACGAACCUCACCCAAAAAUCAUAUACCUUCACUUCUUCCAGAAUUCACAAUGUGGAAAAACAUCCUGAACUUAGCAAAUGCAUAAAUGUUUUUACACAGAAGCCACUACUCAGUAUAUGUCUGAGAUUUCAUAGAGAUGAAAAACUAUACAUAUGUACUAACUGUGGGAAGGCAUUCAUCCAGAACUCUGAAUUAAAGAUGCAUGAGAAAACCCACACUAGAGAAAAAUUGUACAAGUGCAGUGAAUGUGGAAAAUCAUUUUACCAGCUGCCAUCUCUACAUAGGCAUCAAACUAUCCAUUCUGAAGAAAAAUUCUAUUCAUGCAGUGAAUGUGGGAAAGACUUCUCCUUGAGUUCAGCUCUCAAUAUACACCAGAAAAUCCAUACCAGGGAGAGACAUCACAAAUGUAAUGAGUGUGGGAAAGCCUUUACCCAAAAGUCAACACUCCGAAUGCAUCAGAGAAUUCACACAGGAGAGAGAUCUUAUAUAUGUACUAAAUGUGGACAGGGUUUCAUACAGAAGGCACAUCUGAUUGCACAUCAAAGAAUUCAUACUGGAGAAAAACCUUAUCAAUGCAGUGACUGUGGAAAAUCCUUCCCCUCUAAGUCCCAACUUCAGAUGCAUAAGCGAAUUCACACAGGAGAAAAGCCCUAUAUAUGCACAGAGUGUGGGAAAGCUUUCACUAACAGAUCAAAUCUCAAUACUCACCAAAAGUCUCAUACUGGAGAGAAAUCUUACAUAUGUGCUGAAUGUGGGAAGGCCUUCACUGACAGGUCAAAUUUCAAUAAACACCAGACCAUUCAUACUGGGGAAAAGCCCCAUGUUUGUGCCAAUUGUGGGAGGGCCUUCAUCCAGAAGUCACAGUUAAUUACACAUCAGAAAAUCCACAUUAUGGAGAAGCCAUAUAAAUGUCCUGACUGUGAGAAAUCCUUCUUCAAGAAACCACAUCUCAAAGUACACCAGCGAAUUCACACAGGAGAAAAACCAUAUAUAUGUGCAAAAUGUGGGAAGGCCUUCACUGACCGGUCUAAUUUCAAUAAACACCAGACAGUUCACACUGGGGAUAAACCCUAUAAAUGUAGUGAAUGUGGAAAGGGGUUUACUCAGAAAUCAGUUCUUAGUAUCCAUAGAAGUAUUCAUACCUGAGAGUAACUCUGCUUCAUCAAAACAAGAUAGCCUUAUUGUAGAAGUCAAAUCUAAGUGUACAUUAUAAGAUUCAUCUAAGACAGACUUUGUGUAAAUGCCCUGUACAAAACAUCUCACCUGAGAUGAGAAAAGUUGUUUUGAAAAGACCCUUUAAGAAUAUAUUGAAAAAGGAGGAAUUUUUAUAUUUGCAUGGCCUCACAAAGCAGAAUUCAUAUUGGGAAAGAUGUUAGUUUAAUACAUUAAGAAAUGUCUUUCUAUAGGAAGUACUACAAAGUAAAUUGUUACAAAAUUCUUUUUUAGAAAGAUAUUAUGGGGGCUGGAGAGAUGGCUCAGUGGUUAAGAGCACUGCCUCCUUUUCCAGAGGUCCUGCAUUCAAUUCCCAGCAACUACAUG